CGGUGAACGACUCAAUCUGUGCAAGAAGUACUCAAACCACUCCUCUAUUUCAAAGCGAGUGAUAACAUCACAAAAAAUCCUCGAUAAUAUUUGUCUAUCUAUAGGUUGUCUAGUGCCUUGUCUCGAAUAUAUUAAAAAAAAAGCUGAAAACUUGAAUGAAUCGGCUGUUGACCUUUUCACUGUCAAAUGCGGAAAUUGGUUAAAUACUACAAGAGUUUUUUACAAAACAGUGUUAGUUUAAACAUCCCACCUUAUCGUGCUGUGAAUAAAUGUGAUAAACAACCAAAAACAAAAGUGCCGUGACUCAAAGAUUAGUGUAAAAUAUUGUAACUAUAGGACGACGCUUGUUGGGCGUUACUCAUUUUUUACCGUAAAAAUUGCAAGAAAUGGAACCUAAACAGGAAUAUCAUGAUCCUGACUACCCUGAGGCUCCGGUCUGCGUGAAGGAGGAGCCUCCAAGCCUGACAGAAGAUGAGAAAGUUGAUAAAAUAAAGGAAAUUAUCCGGCGGGAAUUUUUGAACGAGCUUGAAAUCCGAGAAAAUGAAGUUAUGCUUAUAGACCAAAGGUUGUCGACAUCCCGCCGCCUGCUGCACCGGCUCCGGUAUGCCCUGGUGAACAGUUACUACAAGGACCAGAAGCUGAUGCUCACCAACGGACAGAUACAGGACGAGAUUGCUGCACAGCAUGAACCCAGAGCUAGGGCUGAGGUAUCCGCCGUGCUCCGCGAUGGGCAGCGUCGCCUGCACCCGUCCGUGCGCAAGCUGCUCGGCAAGCAGACUGUCGACCUCGACGAGAUCUUCAAGACACGAGCGCCCAGGAACAAAUCCAGGAAGGAUUACUCUGCGAUGCUACAGAAACGUAACUAUACGAUAUCAGCGGACACCACGAAGACUCUCAGGCCGGACAAGAAGCCCGAGCAGGAGGCCCCGCCGGAGGAGCCCUGCAGCAGCCGGCCGAAGAAGGUGCCGCGACACCUGGACCCCAAGAUCAUGAACGUGGUCACUCUGGACGAAGUCACCAGGAACAAGAUGAAGUAUCGGUACAGGAUUGUUAUUGGCAACACGUCGAAGUACGCGCCGGCGGCGUCGGCGGCGGACCGGUCGACGCACAAGUGGCUGCUGUACGUGCGCGGGCCGGCCGCGGCGCCCGACGUGUCGCGCCUGCUCACUGCAGUCACCGUGCGCCUGCACCACUCCUACGCGCCGCACCACACCGUGCAUAUCGACAAACCCCCAUACCACGUGUCCCGCCGCGGCUGGGGGGAGUUCCCGGCUAAAAUAGAAUUACACUUUGCCCUACCGGAGCGGAACAGGCCGGCCACAGUGGAGCACACCAUCAAAUUGGACAGAAACUAUACUGGGAUGCAGAUGUUGGGCGCCGAAACCCUAAUCGACGUAUGGUUAUACAGUACACCAGAAAUGUUAGAAUUUGAAUACAAAGAGGAUACAGCAACGGAAAAUACAGAAACAGUAAUCGAACCCACACCAAUAGAGAAUACGGAACAAAGUACACAGGAAAACAAUACACAUACGGACAACUGGAUGGAAUUCUUCUCGAAAGGACCUUCAGAAGUAGAUGUAGAUGAAAUGAUCAUUAAACCAGUGAAGAAAGAGACACAAGAGAAGAUAGCAGAAGGGACAGAAGUUAAAGAAGAAGAAUGUAACACCCCCCAAAGUGAGAACGAUAAACAGUGGAAAAUAGACUAUAAAGUUAUAGACAACGACUUACCCAAUGAGAUUUUAAAUCAACCAGCUUCACCAAAAAAACGCAUAGUCAAAUAUAUAGACCCAAACACAGGCAAAAUCUAUUACCUAGAAAUGGAUAGGGCUUUAGACCUAAGCAAGGUCCAAGAAAUAGUUAUAAAUAAUAAAACUGCCAAAAUAAGUCCUAUUAAGUCAAAUGGGUUGAAAACGUUUAGAAAAAAGAAAGGUGUUUCCUUACUAAAGCCUGAAGUGAAGAAUAUGUUAAAAAACACUGAAAAUUUGAAGCUACAACACAAUUUUGCGCAUAUAGAAAAUGAUCACUGUUACCUGGCAACACCGAGGAAGGUGGACAGUGUUGCUAGUGUAGAAAUUAAAAAAGAGAAGAGUUUGUUUGAUAGUUUGUGUGCUAGUGUUGCUAGGUUGAAUAAUGUGCGGUGUGGCGUUAAUUAUUUAAUUAGGAAGAUCCCUUUGAUCACGGAUCUAGCAAGGGACGCGGAUUUUGUGAAGAAUUUCCCGUUUGUCGUUGAAUCGGAAGAGAGGUACUGGAAACUAGAUUUUGCUAAGCGAAGGAAUAUUGAGUGGUCCAGAGCGAAAUUAAUAAAUAGGAUCUUAUCCGACCAUAUAACAAGUACGGAGCCAAUAUGGCGGACGAAACAAAUCUUGGCAUACAGCCGACUGCACGGCCACUACCCAAUCAGAUCAGAAGCCAUGCAAAUAAAAUCCGAAGCCGAUGAAUGGUCAUCCUGGAAUGACCUGGAAACCAGGAAAAUGGAGUCCAGCAUCAAAGAAUUAUACCCAAACCCUUCAGACAUAAACACUCUAUCGCUUUUCGAUAUUUCCAAUUUUUCCACGAGAAAUCGGAACUCUAAUUCGGUGACUGAAGUGGUUUCUGAUGAUGAGGAGGUGGAUGUUAUUUCGUGUGGGGGACGGGGGAAGGGGGGCGUCGUGGUGGGGGACAGUGGGGGGCUGACGGUGCUGCCGGUGGAAGAUGAUGACGACAGGCUCCGGUUUUUGUUCGUGGAGCGAAAAUGUGCUGAUAUCGGGAUCGAGUUGAGGAACGAGGAUGUUGGCAAUGGGUGUUCUUAUAGCGCGGUGCACGCGGUGCUAGUGUCGGCGAUGCGUAGUUUCGCGGAGGAGUUGGUCCGCGGCGGCCUGGCCGUCAAGCUCGCCGAGGACAGCGAGCUCGCCACGCCUACUGUGUGGGCUGGGUCGUCGUCGUCCCGCGCGGCGGUGUACGCGCGGCACGUGUACACGGGCGCCAUGCAGAACGUGCGCGCGCGCAUGCUCACCGCCGCCGACCUCGCCGCCAAGCGACACCAACUCGUCACGCUAUAAUAAACACACAUACUGAUCUUU